UUUCCUAUAACCCGCUCACCCCUCUGUCUCUUCCCAUCUCCCUCCCUGUAUUGGAUGUUCAGCCCUUGUGCUCAGUAACUCUUUUGUUCGCCAAAGCAUCCCUCACAUUGCUACAUGCCUGACUGGAGACAGUACCCACCAGCACCUAGUUUAUAUCAAGACAGAGAGUGUUUACUUCUUAGACGCUAAGGACUACGGACCAUUGGAAGCAAGUGAAAAAGGAUGAUGGUUUGUCAGCAACUGAUCUGAAACAAAGAUGACCUCAAGCAUUCUUGUGGCUGUUAAUUCCUUGCAGUGCAUUUCUGGCAUGCCUCAUUGUAAGACGUCCUGUUGAGCCAGGGGAUUCUCAUUAAUACCUCCACUGUAAAGAGCUUUUAUUGUGAGCUGAAACUCGAGCGCUGCGAGUGGUUACCUGAGAUCCAGAGAGAUGACUCUCCGCAGGCCAGCUGCCCACCUACGAAGAACUCCGGGCUGGAGGAGAUCAGGAGAUGAGUCCUACUGGGAGAGCUUAAUACCUGAGGGGGAGUUUAUGCCCCGUGUUUCUCGCCCCCCGCGUGCACCUCGGCCCCAGAGCGCCAUUGAAGGAGGUCAGCUGGACAGCUGGUUGGAGCACCUACAGAGGAUGCAGAGUGACCUUCUCAGAGCCCCAGUUCAAGAUCGUGUUCCGGUUUUCAAUGAUCGUACAACAUCCAUGCCAGCCCUAAACAGAGAGCAAACAGGACGUACCUGGAGACAUCAAGGGAUUCCGUCCUUCAGCAGGGGUUCAUCUACAUGUGAGAGCCCCAGCCUGUAUGAGAGUUCGCUGGGCAGCCAGGAGUCCCUCCAAACUGGGUUUUUUUCUCCUUCAGAGCACAAAGGAAGCAGGGAGAGAGCUCAUAUCAUGCAGGCCCCAAGGAAGGAGCAGGCUCAACUCAGUUAUCUUGCUCCAGUCAAAAUUGGGUGGCUGCCAGUCCAAAGAAGAGUGAUGAUGGUAGCUGAUAAUUGCAACCAAAAUCAGCUUUUGGACCACUCUGCUGGCCAGGUGAAACUAAAACAAUCCAUCACUCCAACAUUUCAGAAUAGUCGAGCCACACCCAAGGUACAUGAUGGAGAGGUGGAGAGACGUCACACCAGUUCGAGUGCUUUAGGUGUGAAGACGUGGCAGACAGCUGAUCAAGUCCCUCGCAGUAUUAAGCAGGUGCCAGAAAAACAACGCUUUCCUGCUAAUGAGGGGGACAGACCUGUAAGCUGGCAAGCUCUGAGGAGAGGCUGGAAUAAUGUCAGGGUGUCAGCUUUCCCUGGAUGCAGUCAGUCCAUUGAGCUCCCCCCAGGGACCAACUCGGACCCCAACAGGAAGUCCCCUCUGUUGAAAACAACCAGCGUGGAGCCCCUCAAGCAUGCUCCUCUGCAUCGAUCAACUUCCACUGAGCCCUGCAGACCACACGCUCUGCUGCAAGGGACAAACAGCACAGAGACAUACAAGUCCCAUACUCCUUUGCGUAGGACAGGCAGUGUUCAGCCUAUAAGAGCAACAGCCCCACUGGUUAGAACAAACAGUAACUCACAGUCGUCACACAUACAGACCAGUUCUGCCGUGACUAUGCUCAUCCCUCAGAACAAAGCUGGCUUCUCCUCCAUCACCAUCUCCUCCAGGAAAGUGAGCAGAUCAGCCAGUCUGCCUGGCUCCGACACCUGCAAUCACUCUUCCCAGUCCAGCGAGUCCACCUCUCCGCCCCAAACCCACCAGCCCAUGGACCCAAACUCCAGACAUGUCACGGUGCAGAGGAAGGCUACUAUAGUCAAAGUGACGGAGCAAAGGGUGAUGUCCGGCCAUGUCCCGAGCGCAAAAAGCGCAGGUACCCCACCAGCUAGCCACAGUUUGGACACAGUGGUCCACAGAAGAAAGGCUACCAUCAUCAAAGUGACAGAGCGCAGGGAGAGCUACAGUCCAGCUAAGGUAGGGUCUGGGAUGCGGCACCCAGAGUACAGACACAGCUACACAGAGGGAGUGUACAAGGACAACAACACAUGGAGCCCGGGAAACCAUUCACAACACAUGGCAGCACCUUCAUAUCACCAUUUAGAUUCCACAAAGAGGCCAAACCCAACCGUAGCACCAAAUACACCCAUGUCAGAUCUAGAGAAAAAUGGUGGAGCUCUACACAGAUCCACACUGAGCCUUUUUGUGAGCAACCUCCCUGCCAUAGCAGCGCCCGCUCCCUCAGAGGUUUCUCAGAGAGCUGUUGGACAGAGAUCGGAGAGGCCGCGCAGACCACUGAGCUGCUAUGGCAAUGUGUUUGGACACACUGAGCCAAGCAAGGAGAAUGUGACACAACCAGCUGCCAGGAAAUGGAGCUUUGGGCUUCCACAAGAGACCAAUAUCAACCCUGCGAACUCCGAUAGUAGUUUCAUCAGCUCUGGAACAGCAGUGAAAAAAGCAGGUCAGCUAGUGGCAGACACCCUUAAGCCAAACAGAGGAGAAAAAGAAAGCUCGCCGCCGCCAGAGGAUAGAGCCAGGAGAGAGUCCCCCUGUCUAACUCUCAUCAAGGCCCCAGAUCCCCACUCACAUCAGUCUCCAGAGGAAGUGCUUGCUCUGAAUGCAGCUGCGAUCAUAGCAAAUAUUAAACUCCAAAGACAACUCAGUAAGAAGAAAACACCAAAGGGCAAUUCUGAGGACUCCACUGCACCACUUCAGGGAAACACUGUGACAGAUACGUGCGCAAAGCCACAUCCUGAUACAAACCCGGUUCGGCGUCGCAACCUGCCUCAUGCUGCAUUUGUUCCGCUGACAGUCGACCCUGAAAGGUCACCUAUAACGGUUUCUCUACAGGAAGCGCUGCAGAGGUCCAGGCCAGACUUCAUCAGUCGCUCCCAAGGCAGAGUGCAAGAGCUGGAGCGAAGGGCACGGGCGAGGAGGCAGCAGGCGGUGUCGGCAGACCCACAGUCACGUGCUGCCCUCAGGCAGAGGAGAGCCCACAGCGCCCGCACUACCUCUCUGAACGAUAACCUUUUCAAACCCAGAGAUAAAGUCAUUACUGGGAAAGAGACGCGUCUCAGAUCCAAGCGCACGCUUGCAGAGGCGAAGAGGAAAAAGGAUGAAGAGAAAACCAAGGAGGUUUGCUUGACCAACAGGCAGCGAGUUGAACUUUUCAAAAAGCUUUUGGAUCAGCUUCUGCAGAGGAGCAGCAGCUGAAUGACUGGCAACAGAUGAAGAUGAUGACAUGACCAAGGCUGCAUCAUUGCAUAACAGACGGAAGAAGUGAACUCUGCCCUUUGACUGUGCUGAAUAUGAGUUAAAGUAUCAGUGUAGGUCAUGAUAUGAAUCUAGCCUUACCUCAGCUUUAGCAUCUGCGUGUUUCUCUCCUGUACCAUUGCGUUUGUGUUACAGAGCUUAACAUCUGUUUUUCUCAAAUACAAGAACAUGCCAAUCUUUCAAAAACCGAGAAGGUCGUCUAACAUCAGUUUCUGAUGUUUUGAAGGGUUUUUACAAUCCCCAUAGACUCUUCUGUCAAAGAAAUAGAAACACAAUAUAUAAAUAAAAAAAAAGACUUUUAAACUGUCCUUGUUGCAACUCUACCAUAUCUCCAAAUCCAACAAAAGAUGGUAGGCAAAAGUUGCACUUCUCUUUGCCCAUUUAAAUAGAGAAAUACCAGAUGAUAAAGUGUUUUUAAUAAGUUUGGGUUUAAAAUAGUUGUUUUAUGCAAUGGUGAAAUUUUUUGGGAUAUAUUUAUGAAGUUUUUCUUUCUUAACAUUCCACAAGUGGGUUGAGGGUCAGAAACAGCGUCCAUUGAGCCAAGACCAAGUGGGGUUGAGGAAGAACCAAGACAAAGGCCAAAAAGCUGAAAUCAGAGCACAAUACAGUCUGAUAUGAUUUGUCCCCAGAUCGACACCUCUCCUCCAUAAUAAAGGGUCCUCAAGUGUUAAGAAAGUUAGGGUGGGCUUUGGACAGAGUAUAAAAAGUUUUUCCAAGGGGUAUAAAGGAAACUAUGCCAUUUUUUUCAAAGCAGGGAGGGGAAACUGAUUUCCACUCUCUGAGGAUCACCCUUUUCACUAUGACCAUACCGAGCCUGCGGGCUUGUUGUAAUGCAGGGGGAAAAGUCAAAAAAUGGUUGGAACAACCCAAUAUCACAAAGAGUCAGGGAUCCGCUGUCUGCUGUAUAUGCCACUGCGCAAAUGAAAAAUGUCAUCCCAGAAACUCUUGGGGAAUGACCAGAAAGGAUGACCUGGGUCCCCGUCACUUGGCUUGUACUUAUCACAGGUAGCAGAGACGGAAGGAAAAAUACUUCAGUUUGGUCUGAUGGAUCACUUUAAAUGGAAUAAGUCUAGCAUUGAUGUAGGUUUUGAUCCCAUCUAAAUCAUCAGAAAUAGCCUCACCACUGUCCUUAAUCCAUGUCUCUUUAAUGUGGAAAACAAGGCCAACAAACUGUGACAUUAAAUGUUUGGAGGUAGGGAUUCUAGUCAUAGGGUCAUGGAGGUUGUGUUUGGGCAUCAUAUCGAAGUCUGAUCUAAUUUGCAGAUACAGAAAAAAGUGGCCAAGAUAGAGGUCAAAUUUCACCUGAAAUUGAGCAAAAGAUGCAAAACAGUUGUUAAUGUAAAGAUCCUUAAUAGUAGACAGACCUUUAUCUGACUGAUACGAAAAAAACAACAUCCAUUAAACCGUGUUUAAAAGAGUUCUGGCAUGUAGGAGCAUAAGUGGACAAUUCUGAACGACCCAGCACACCCUUGAUUUGCAAUAGAAUCUUAAAUGAAUUGCGCAAAAUCAAAUCAUCCUUCAGUUGUUUGGUUUAGAAAGUAAAAUGUCCGUUGAGGAGGCCUCAAUAAGUAGUGCAGCAUUACAAGACUCAGUCUCAGGCCAACUGGGACAGAGGGCGCUCCUCUGCCCUGCCACAGCUGGAGCAGGAUUCUUGGGGAGAAUUUUUAAAAUCCAGAUGGGCAGAAGAGUCUUUGAAUAUGCUGGAAAGACUUUCAAAACAGCGUUGAGUGUUGUUUUUGAAAUAUUGGCAUUGAUUUUUCUAUUUAAAAAAAAACAGAUACUUACCUCUGUGACCCCGCUGUCCUUGCCACUCUUGUGGUCUGCAAUAGCAAAUGAAGAUGGGCAAAAUGAAUGUAUGAAAUCAUGUCUCAGCAUUCUGUUUUUGGUUGUAAUCAAAUAUCCCACUGACUGAUAUCCUCUUGAUGGAACAUCUACACCAGUAACGUAUUUUGUUUAUCGGUGUUAUCUUGUCUUCACUUGAUUGCAAAUUGCCUUUCUCUGCAGAAUACUUCAUGUAAUGGGAUGCAGAGUAACCCUCUCGCUGCACGACAAAAGCGCUGAUGUCCUCACCCAGCCACUUUCACAUGAUCUCAUGUGAUGCGAAGAAGUGAUAUAAGACAAAAUAAUUCAUUAUGCUCCACGGUCCCACCCAGGACAGUCUUCAGCUGUCCUCAUUACACAACCAAUAAGCAGACAGAAGCCUGAAAUGGGCUCUGCUAUUAUUCAGUGCCAGCUAUUAGCCGUAAGAUGGAGGAAUGUGACCCCUUCUCACUGGAAAUGCCCCGUUAAUGGACAGUGCCAAUGUGAAUGGAGCUUCUGUCUUUGUCUCAUGAUGGACUGGGGCCUGCCAAUGCAGAUUUAGAUUUGUGUGUUUUGAUCCAAAGCGAAUAUGCUGCUCGACAACAUGAUGGAGCUGGGCAUAAAUCAAAAGUGAGAUGUGUGGAUAUUUAUUUUUGGAAUAAUAGACAACAGAGCAGAUGCCCUUUUCAUUACCCUUAAUUGUUAUUUCACUCAUUAGCCUUUAAGUUGGGGUUCUUUCAUAGUCCAGCUGUUUCAUCCAUCUAAAUUUGCGCUGAUGUCUUGGAGAAGACAGAUGAUUACUACUGACUGUUUCUGUAAACCUUAUUUCAAGUCAGUGCAUAUCCAUGUGUGGGUGUAUUUGGACAGUGGGAGUAUAUUAAUAACAGCAUAGUUUAUAAUUGUUCCCUUCUUUCUAAAACGAGCAAAUUUAGACUAUAAUUUAGAAAAAGGCAAUUAUAAACCAUGGAUGCUGCUUAAAGAACAUUAUUUACUGUGUGUUGUUUUCUCUGUUUAAAGAAGGCUUUAUUCUCCUGGUUUAAGUAGCUGUGUCUAUUCACUGGUCUAAUGACGAAGAUGGUUUUACUGUGCAAUGUGAUAUAAAUUCUUUAUACUUCAACUAUGUAUUUUAUAUUUUAAUCUAAUUAUAUGUAUUUUAUAUGCGA